AUGUGUGUUCCCGAAGUGCUGACAUUCAUACGAUGCCUGCGUAACAUGUGUUUCAAGUUCACGAAAACUCCGACCAUUUUCGACAUCAUCGUUCAGAUGGGUAUUGAAUCAUUACACACCAUUGGCCUGUCACUUCUGAUCUUCAUUGUUCUACCCGAAUUGGACUCAGUGCGAGGUGCGAUGAUCCUCUCUGCGACAGCCGUGCUUCCUAGCCUUUUAAAUGCUGUCAUGGCGCCGGAUUCGGAAGAUGGACAGAACAGCACAUUCGGCAAAACCGUCUACCACCGCGUGGUGAAGUAUCUGUUGGGAAUUUCACUGAUUUUAACUUCUUUGCGAUGGUGGGAAAAUUUCGUUACUUGCUCAACUUUGCCGUGUCUUGGUACACUGUAUGAUCUGAAGGAAAGACUGCAGAAAUGCCGUUACAAGUGCUACGUCUUGAUCAGCGUUUGGAAGUGUGUACUGAGUCUGUUCUGCAUGAUUCUGUCGGGCGGAUCGAAGUGCCGAGUGAAAGUGUUGUUCGACCUCAACAACCCAUUUUCACAGUUGCAGAAUAUCACGAUGGAGGUGGGCAUGCCGACUGCCAGCCGAAACCAUUACACCCAGUCGGUGGUGCUGUUGUGCGUGUCGCUGGUUUUGUGCAGUUGGCUGUGCUAUAUGAUGGCGCGAUUUGCCUGCAAAGUCGGCAUGGAUCGAUUUGGUUACGCCGUACCGGUGGCUUCGGUCAUUCCAACGGCUAUUGUGGUCAUCAUUGGACUCUGCGAAACGAAAAGGAACCGAUCGUGCGCGUUCGCCUAUUGGCUAAAUGACAAGUUGUUUUGGAACUGCGAUUUCAAGGGAAUCUUCUCGGGUCUGGUCAUCGAACGUGCAGGAUGGGGCUGGAUAUUUUGGUUCACUAGUUAUCUGUGGACCGUAUCUCAUCUGUUCACCCAAAAGUCCGGUCGUCUGAAUAGGACAGACACACUGUUUGUCAUGCCGAUGUACCUCGGCUGCCUCGUCGACCAAUCCCUAGGCCUAAACCGACGACGUCAGAAUGUCACCAAGGUGAAACCACAGUGUCGAACAAUUAAGGACCUGGUGGAUGAUGACCUGGAUGACGAUGACCUCUCAGACAUCUCUACGGCCGGUAGUAUGAGUUCGCUGUCCAUGUACAACUGCAACGCGGAUACGAUUACCAAAAUACACAUAUGCGCGACCAUGUGGCACGAAACUCCUACAGAAAUGACCCAAGUGCUCAAGUCUAUAAUGAGAAUGGACGAGGACCAGAGUGCCCGAAAAAACGCACAAAAAUACCUGAAGGUGGUCGAUCGUGAUUACUACGAACUCGAGAUUCAUAUAAUGUUCGACGAUGCGUGGGAAUAUGAUGAAAAUUUGCAGUGCAGAGUGCCAAAUCAAUAUGUCAGACAGUUUAUGACAGUCAUCGACGAAGCAGCAAGCGCAGUUCAUAAAGUGAAAAUGAAGCUCAAGCCGGCACUGAAAUUUGACGUUCCAUACGGUGGACGUUUGGUGUGGACCCUGCCCGGUGACAAUCGUCUUUUUGUUCACUUAAAGGAUAAAGAGAAGAUCCGGCACAAGAAAAGAUGGAGUCAGGUGAUGUACAUGUACUAUCUGCUUGGCUUUCGGAUCAUGGAGCAGAUUACGGACAUAACCAGGAAACAAUAUCUGGCGGAUAACACGUUUCUGUUGACCAUCGAUGGCGAUGCGAAAUUUUCGCCGGCUGCCGUGCAAAUGUUGGUCGACCUAAUGAAAAAGCAUUCUCGCCUUGGUUCUGCCUGUGGAAGAAUACACCCGGUUGGACGUGGCAUAAUCGUUUGGUACCAAAAGUUUGAGUACGCAAUCGCGCACUGGUUCCAGAAGGCGACCGAGCACGUUUUUGGAUGUGUGUUGUGUUCGCCGGGUUGUUUUGCGUUGUUCCGCGCCUCAGCGCUUAUGGACGACAACGUAAUCAAGAAGUACACGAAGAUGCCGAUCGAACCGCGACACUUCGUCCAGUAUGACCAAGGCGAGGACCGUUGGCUUUCGACGCUGCUGUUAAAACAAGGCUACCGGAUCGAGUACGCCGCUGCAUCUGACGCCAAGACCUAUGCCCCUGAAGGCUUCAAUGAAUUCUUUAACCAACGCCGACGGUGGACACCAUCGUCUAUCGCUAAUACGCUCGAUCUGCUCAGUGACUACAAGGUACAACGUGUGAUGAGCUGCAUCGUUUCAUACGGUAGUCAGGGCAAAGACGACAUGCUGCUUCAUGAUGUCCACUCAAUCUGCCGUCCAAUUUUGCAAUUUGCAUUGCUUCUGCUUUGCAGCACUAUACCUGCCAUCCUCAUCUUUGCAGUACCAUCGUUAGCUGAUUGUUUAAUCUUCAUUAUAAAUGGUCAUGGCUACAGAGGAUCAUUUUAA